AUGUCUGACGUCGAGGAACAAUACACCGAAGAACAACCAGUUGUUCAAGAAGAAUUGAAAUUGGUCGAGUUGGCCACCCCCAUCCCAGCUGAAGUUCAAGCUGCUCAAUCCGAGGUCAAAUUGUUCAACAAAUGGUCCUUUGAGGGUGUUGAGGUUAAAGAUGUUUCUUUAGUUGACUACAUUCAAAUCUCUCAACCAGUCUUCGUGCCACACACUGCUGGUAGAUACGCUGCCAAGAGAUUCAGAAAGGCCAAAUGUCCAGUCAUUGAGAGAUUGACCGCUUCUUUGAUGAUGAACGGUAGAAACAACGGUAAGAAGUUGAAGGCUGUUAGAAUCGUCAAGCACGCUUUGGAAAUUGUCAACGUGUUGACCGAACAAAACCCUAUCCAGGUUGUUGUUGAUGCCAUCGUCAACUCUGGUCCAAGAGAAGACUCCACCAGAAUUGGUUCUUCCGGUACCGUUAGAAGACAAGCCGUCGAUGUUUCUCCUUUGAGAAGAGUUAACCAAGCCAUUGCCUUGUUGACCAUCGGUGCUAGAGAGGCUUCUUUCAGAAACAUCAAGAGUAUUGCUGAAUGUUUGGCUGAAGAGUUGAUCAACGCUGCUAAGGGUUCUUCCACUUCCUACGCUAUCAAGAAGAAGGAUGAGUUGGAGAGAGUUGCCAAGUCCAACCGUUAA